AUGGCGCCCGCGCCCGCCGUCGAGGCGCCGCAGGCCUUUCUGUGCCCCAUCACCCACGAGGCCAUGCGUGAUCCCGUGAUCGACAAGGACGGCAACAGCUACGAGCGCGAGGCGAUCGUCGCGUGGCUGGCAGUGCACGGCACCAGCCCCAUUACCCGGGCACCGAUGACGCUGGACGAUCUGCGGCCGAACCGCGCGCUGCUCGACCUGAUCAACCCGGACGCGGCCCCGGGCGUCACGGACCCGUCGGUGGUCACGCAGGCCGAGGCCGCGCAGGUUCUGUCGCCGGAGCGCGCUGCGGAGCUGCACGCAGCCGAGACCGCAGCCGUGGCGCUGUCCGCGGCGAAGGUGCCCGGCGAGGAGAGCGACGUGGUCGUCGUGACCGUGACGCCCCCCGCGGGCACCGUGCGCACCCCGGUGGACCUCGUGGCGGUCGUCGACGUCUCAGGCUCGAUGAGCGAUGCGGCGAGCAUGCCGGGCAGCGAGGAUGUCGGGCUGUCGAUUCUGGACAUCGUCAAGCACGCGCUGCGGACGAUACUGAGCUCGCUCGGGCCGAACGACCGCCUCGCGAUCGUGGCGUACAGCAGCAAGGCCACCGUGACGCUGCCGCUGACGUGCAUGACGGCUGACGGCCGGAAGAAGGCGCUCGACGCGACCACGUCGCUCGUGGCCAGCGGCGGGACGAACCUCUGGGACGGCCUGCGCACGGGCAUCGAUCUGCUCGCCGGCGUCGACGCCAACGGCCGCCCGCUCGCCCCGCCGCGCGCCAACGCCGCGGGGGGGGUGUUUCUGCUCACUGACGGGAUGCCCAACAUCGAGCCCCCGCGCGGACACAUCCCGAUGCUGCAGCGCCACCUCGCGACGGCCACGCGGAACGUCGUUGGCGAGACGUUCGGGUUUGGAUACAACCUGGACUCGCUGCUGCUGCGGGACAUCGCAAGAGAGAUGGGCGGGAGCUACUCGUUCAUCCCGGACGCGGGGAUGGUCGGCACCGUCUUCAUCCACGCGAUCGCGAAUUUCCUCUCCACGCUGGGAACCGAUGCGACCAUCACGGUGGACGGCGCGACGCCGCUGCACGCCAUCGCCGGCCCGGCGCCCGCGACGGGCAGCAAGGCGCUCGUCCCGCGGAUCCCGUACGGCCAGCCGCGGUCCCUUGCGUUCCGCAUGCCGGCGCCGUGGGCGCAGUCCGUUUCCGUCCAGCUUGAGUACGACGCAUGGCACGGCGCAAAGCGGCGCGUUUGCGUCCGCCAGGACCUCCGCGUGGACGCCAGCGACGAGGCCACGGCGCGCGCUGCACGCGAGGACGCGCGGUGCCGCGCAGCGGCGCUCAUCACGCGGCUCGCGAGCGCGAAAGCGGGGACCGCAGCGGCCUCCGACAGCCAGCUCUCGGCCGCGGCGCGCGAAGUGCAGAGCCUGGCGGAGCACAUGCGGACGCUCGGCAUGGCCGAGCUCGCGGACGACCUCGGCGGGCAGGUCGCGAUGGCGUUCGAGGGGCAGUACUACUGGACGUGGGGGGGGCACUAUCUGCGGUCCAUUGCCUUCGCGCACGGCUACCAGCAGUGCAACAACUUCAAGGACCCCGGCGUGCAGGCGUACGGCGGGGAGCUCUUCCGGGCCCUGCGCGACGACACCGACGCGCUCUUCGACAAGCUGCCCCCGCCGGAGCCUUCGCGGACGCUGCACGAGGGCCGCGGGGGCGUGCGCUCGAUGGCCGUGUUCAACUCGAGCUCGAACCCGUGCUGGGCGGGGGACUGCCUCGUCGCUGUGCGCGGCGGCGUGAAGCGUGCGGAUGCGCUCCGGCGCGGCGACGUGCUCGCCAGCGGCGCGCGGGUGGCGUGCGUCGUGCGCACCGAGCUUCUCUCGCCGCCCCGCCUCGUGCGCCUGGGCGACGGCCUGCGCAUCACGGAGUGGCACCCGGUGGUCGACCCUUCCUCGGGCCGCUGGGCGUUCCCAGCGGAGAUCGGCGAGGCGCAGGAAGACGCGAGUUGCAGCGCCGUAUACAGUGUGCUUCUGGAUGGCGCUGGAGAGGUGGUUGUCGGGGGCGUGACGUGCGCAGCGCUGGCGCACGGCGCGGCCGAGUGCCCUGUGCGCGCCCACGCGUUCUUCGGGACGCAGCGCGUGCGGCGGGCGCUGGAGCAGCUGCCAGGGUGGCCGCAAGGAUCGGUGGCGCUGCGUGGGACGGUGCGGGACCCCGAGACGGGCCUCGUGGACGGGCUGCAGGCCGCGAGUGGCGAGGUCGCGUACGGCGCGGAGCCUGGCGGCGUUGCGGGGAGUCCGUGGCGGCUCUGUGUGUGGCAAUCGCGUGACGGCGCAGUGGAGAGCGGCGUGCUCGACGGGUGCGCCUGA